CCGUCAACGUAGUAAUAGCCACAUUUUGAAAAUGUUUCUUCUUGAUCUAUAAUAAUUAUAAAGAUUGUUUAUAAUUUUUAUCUAUGUUUAAUUACUGUUAUCGUAUUGACAUAAAAAAUGAAUAUUUAAAUUAUUGGAAUUGCCUAAGUGACUUCGAUUGUGACCUUACAUCUCCUAAAAUAAUUUUUCCAAGAGAACACGUGCGAUUUUUAUGUUUCUGUUCUUGAUUCAAACUUGAAUUUUACAGAGAAUUGAUAUGGCUUUUAUGGAUGGAGUGUUUGUCUGGCACCAAAAUUUAUUGGUAGGGGUUGGAAAUCCUUUGCUGGAUAUGUCAGCAGUGGUUAGCAAAGAAUUUUUGGCUAAAUAUGGUUUGAAAGAGAAUGAUGCUAUUUUGGCAGACAAAAACCAUAUGAGUUUAUACACAGAUUUGGUACAUGAAUACCAAGUUACUUAUACAGCAGGUGGAAGUGUACAAAAUACAUUGAGGGUAGCUCAGUGGUUAAUCGGCGAACCAUUUGUUACUACUUACUUUGGAUGUGUUGGUAUGGACAAGUACUCAAGGAUUUUAUUUGAAAAGGCAACAGACGAUGGAGUUAAUGUGCGGUACCAGCAAUGUGAUAAGGGUGAACCCACAGGAACUUGUGCUGUUCUUAUUACAGAUCAUAAUAGAUCUUUAUGUGCAAAUUUGGGUUGUGCUAAUAAUUUUACAAUAGAUCACAUAAGGACACGAGAUAAUAAAUAUCUGAUAGACUCAGCCAAAUACUAUUAUAUAUCGGUAAUUGCUAUUUUCAGGAGGUUUGAUACUAAUGGAGCUGGCGAUGCGUUUGUUGGAGGUUUUUUAUCACAGUACAUUCAAGAACUCAAUUUGGAGACUUGCGUCAAAUGUGGCAUGUGGGCAGCAUCACAGAUAAUACAACGUAGUGGGUGUACGUUUGAAGGAAAGCCUAGUUUCAUCUACACUAACUAUUAAAUAAUGUACUUACAAGGGUUUUUUUAUUAACGAGGGUAUUAAAAAUUGGUUCACUUUAUUCUAUAA